AUGUCGCAGAUGCCGCGUGAGUCAGCAACUGGGCGAGGUUCGCACACUUCGGUCUCAGAGGCCGAGAAACGCGCGAGCUCCCCGAGCAGCCAGAAUAAAGCACAUGCAGGCGCGCCCGACCGCGCAGUGAAAUCGCGCAGCUGCGUGAUAUGUCGGAGCCGAAAAGUCAGAUGCGAUAAAUUGUCGCCAUGCUCAAAUUGUCGUCGUGCGAAUAUCGCCUGCAUCUAUCCGUCUGCAGAUCGGCCGCCGAGAUGGGCGCGACGUCUUGAACGCCCGGUCACCGGGGAAGUUAUGGAGAGACUUCAUCAUUUAGAGGGCCUUGUGAAGGACUUGACGGGUCAAUUGGAGCAGGCUCAUGCAGCGACUAGAUCUGCUGCUGGUUCGUCACAUUCUCCUGGGAGCUCCACUCAUGAUCAUGAUGGUGGUUAUCAGGGCAAUAUGCACUCUGCAGGAUCGGGCAGCAUACAAAAUACUAAGUUUGGGAGGCUAGUAUUGAAUGAUGCUUCGAAGAGUCGCUAUGUUGGUAGUGGCUUUUGGUCGUGGGUUAAUGAUGAGCUUGACGACUUGAAAGCAGAAACAUCUAAUAUCGCCGUUGGAAAUGAUGGGUCUUCAGAUGACGAAGAGAUGAUUUACUCCAAGACGCCAUCUACACAAGAGCUGGGACGGUCACCGUCAGACCGACAUGCAUUCCUGUUUCGACACAAUCUUAAUUCCUCCUCUCCGAGUCUGCAAGAAUACCACCCACUGCCUUCACAAAUUCCUUUUCUUAUUAAUGUCUUUUCCGAAAAUGUCAACAUCCUUGCACAGGUUGUUCACAUCCCUACUAUCAACAAAAUGAUGCACAAUCUGCGUGGUGAUGUGUCGAAACUCACCCCGUCUAAUGAAGCCUUGAUGUUCUCCAUAUACUAUGCCGCCGUGACGUCCAUGGAAGAAGACGAUAUCACGCUCAAUUUCGGGGUCGCCAAGUCAGAUCUGAAUCUCAAGUAUCGUCUCGGCCUAGAGCAUGCUCUGGCCAAGGCUGACUUCCUGAACACACCAGACUUAGUGCUGGUACAAGCCCUUGCGAUCUUUCUUUUCCUUGUUCGACGGCAUGAUAGUCCGAGAUAUGUAUGGAUGAUGACCGGUAUUGUCAUACGCAUGGCGAUUUCCCUUGGAUUACAGCGCGAUGGAUCUCAUUUCGGGCACCUUACACCUUUCGAGAUUGAGAUGCGACGAAGAGUUUGGUGGAGCUUAUGUCUCAUCGAUGUGAGAGCGUCAGAAGAUCAAGGAACGGAUUACACGAUUACAUUAGGCAGUUUCGACACCAAAAUGCCUCUUAAUAUCAAUGACGCGGAUAUAAAUCCCGAAUCGAAGGAGAUGCCCCCAGAGCACGAUAGCCUCACCGAUAUGUCCAUUUCAAGGGUAAACCUCGAAAUCUGUGAUAUUUCUAAACAUAUGGUGACUCGAAUAUCUAAAACUGCAAAUCUCGAAGAACAAAGCCACUUCCUAGAUGACAUGUUUCGCCGUCUCCAGGAUGGCUUUCUUCGAUAUUCCAAAAAUACCGAGUCCAACAUAAUGCACUGGACCAGCACUGUCGCAACUCGAAUAGUCAUGGGUAAAAUGACUCUUCUUGUUUUCUUGCCUGUACUGUUCUCUUCUCCAAACGACGAUGUAUCCCAGGAGAUCAGGGACAGACUACUCGUUGCUGCAAUCGAAGUGGCCGAAUAUAACCAUGCUCUUAAUUCCGAACAGGCCUGUCGACAGUGGCGAUGGGUUUUCCAAACCUACACUCACUGGCAUGCAAUUGUGUACCUUCUCCUCGAAAUGUCUCGGCGUCCAUGGUCACCCAUGAUGGAGAGGGCAUGGGUGGCGUUUCAUAGUGUCUGGCUCAUCCCAAAUCAGUCACAUAUGAACAAGCACCUCCGCAUAUGGCUUCCGUUGCGGAAAUUGAGACUUAAAGCCCAACAUCAUCGCGAUUCUGAGCUUACGCGGCUAAGGGGCGAUCAGGAGUUCGCAAAACUAUUGGAAAAUCAGUAUAACGAGAUGAUGAAGCCCUCUAGCUCGGGCUUAUGCCUUUCUGAGCACAGUUCAACGGAUUCUUUCUUAUUAAAAUGGCGGCAAGUCAUAGCAAUGCCAGAUCAAAUGGCUAGACAAGGAGCAGACACCCAUUCAUCAAGUUCGCCUGCUGCUACUCACAAUGCUAGUCAUCUCGCUCCAGAAUCAGCACCCAUAUCAAAUCCCGUGCAAAGCUUUUGGAAAUCAGAUUCCACGGCUCCUUCACACAUAUCAGAGCCAAUUGCUUCAUCUACACAGCAUGCUUCUUCCGCGACCAACCCGCAGCAGUGGGAUCAAGGUUUUGAUUCGAAUAUCAUUCCUUGGUUAUGGGCAGAUGAUGUGGUGCCAGACGCGUCUAUCGAUUCAAUUGACAUAAGUAUGGAUCUCGAUGAAAGUGGAAGUGGGAUAGAUUGGUACAAUUGGGUUGAGACUGCUCAAGGGUUGGAUUCCAACUUUGCUUCCAAUGGACCUGGAGCAUCUGAUUAA